AGAUUCUUUCAAUUUCCGUUUAUAGAUAGCAGAAACAUGACUCAACUACUACUGUUCAAUUAGCACCUUGCAAUUCAACUCAACUCAACUCAACUCUAUAUUGUUUAUACCGUCUCUGUAUGUUGAAACGAAAAUGCAAUCGUCAACGAUUGCUUCAAGGUGCAUCAGAGCUCGAAAACUCAUCUUCCACCCACAAAAAUCAAUCAUGAAUAUGUCCCCCUCUUCUCCUUUUAAACAUCCCCAGUUAAAAAAUCAUACUUUUUUCACAGAAUUUUCGACUAUCCAGAUUCCAUGGCAACGACCAAGAACAAACCCAUCUUUCUUUAAGCCCCACAAUGCUUUCCUUGCAACCCCAUCUUCCUCAAAACGUGGGUUUAUGCUUAAUGCGGUUGCAUUGGUGUCGACUUCAAGUGGAAGUGAAAAUACGAGUGGUUCGAAAAACACUGUUUUAACUAAAGGUAAAGGGGAAGAUUCUGAGGAGCAAAUUAGUAAUAGUAGAAUUCUUGCUACUCUUGCGAAGUCUUUGUGGAUGAAAGAUAAUGUGGACUUUCGGAUGAGGGUGAUUGCAGCGUUGGCUUUGUUAAUUGGUGCCAAGGUAUUGAAUGUUCAGGUACCGUUUCUUUUCAAGCUUGCUGUUGAUUGGUUAACAACUGCAUCAGGGAAUGCUAGUGGUCUUGCUGCAUUUGCAACUGCUAAUCCUACUUCUGUAGCUGUUUUUGCAACACCAGCAGCUGUUUUGAUCGGUUAUGGGAUAGCUCGCACAGGGGCUUCUGCUUUCAAUGAGCUGAGAACUGCAGUGUUUUCAAAGGUCACAUUGCGGACAAUCCGUUCUGUUUCAAGAAAGGUAUUUACACAUUUGCAUGAACUCGACCUCAGCUACCACCUGAGUCGAGAAACAGGUGCCUUAAAUCGAAUUGUAGAUCGUGGUAGCCGUGCUAUAAAUUUUAUUCUCUCAUCCAUGGUAUUAAAUGUUCUACCGACCAUCUUAGAGAUUUCCAUGGUAUCAUGUAUAGUAGCCUACAAAUUCGGAGCACCAUUUGCAUGGAUCACUUCCUUAUCAGUCACAGCAUAUGUCAUUUUCACUUUGACAGUCACACAGUGGAGGACUAAAUUUAGGAAAGCUAUGAACAAAGCUGACAACGACGCUAGUACAAGGGCAAUUGAUUCUCUAAUUAAUUAUGAGACUGUCAAGUACUUCAACAAUGAGCAUUAUGAAGUCGAGAAAUAUGAUGAGUUUUUGAAGAGAUAUGAAGAUGCUGCAUUGGAAACCCAACGGAGUCUUGCCUUUUUGAAUUUUGGACAAAAUGUUAUAUUUAGUGUGGCUCUUUCAGCAGCCAUGGUUUUGUGUUCAACUAAGAUUUUGAGUGGAGAAAUGACAGUUGGAGAUUUGGUUAUGGUAAAUGGGCUUCUUUUCCAGCUCUCUCUUCCGCUCAAUUUCCUUGGAGGUGUAUAUCGUGAGACCCUACAAGGUCUAGUCGACAUGAAAUCAAUGUUUCAGUUGCUAGAGGAGAGGCCUGCCAUUAAAGAUGUAGUUGAUGCAAAGCCUUUGAAGCUAGAUGGGGGUUGCAUAGAAUUUGAUAAUGUUCACUUCAGUUAUCUUCCAGAACGGAAGAUUCUUGAUGGAAUAUCUUUUGACGUACCAGCUGGGAAAAGCGUGGCUAUUGUUGGAACUAGUGGCAGUGGUAAAUCAACCAUUCUUAGAAUGCUCUUUAGGUUUUUCAACACUCAUUCUGGAACAAUAAGGAUAGAUGGCCAAGAUGUACGGGAGGUGACCCUUGAAAGUCUCCGUAAGUCUAUUGGUGUUGUUCCUCAGGAUACUGUACUGUUCAAUGAUACUAUAUUUCACAAUAUUCAUUAUGGUCGUCUUUCAGCAACACAUGAGGAGGUGUAUGAUGCUGCUAGAAAUGCUGCUAUUCAUGAAACGAUAAUGAACUUCCCUGAGAAGUACUCUACAGUUGUUGGAGAGAGAGGGCUUAAGUUGAGUGGUGGUGAGAAGCAACGUUUGGCACUAGCUCGAGCAUUUCUGAAAGCACCUGCCAUUCUGCUCUGUGAUGAAGCAACAAGUGCUCUUGAUAGUUCAACAGAAGCUGAAAUUUUAAAUGCAUUGAAGUUCCUGUCGAAUAACAGAACUUCAAUUUUUAUUGCUCAUAGACUGACAACUGCUAUGCAAUGCGAUAAGAUUAUAGUCCUGGAAAAUGGAAAAGUAGUGGAGCAGGGUCACCAUGACAUUCUGUUAUCGAAGGCAGGAAGAUAUGCACAGCUCUGGGCACAACAGAGCAAUACUGUUGAUGGAGCUGCUGAUAUAGCCGUCAAACUGACAAUAUGAUCCUCAAAUUUGGUUUGUUACUUUGCAGAGUUUAAAAUGCAUACAUGUAUUAUUAUGUUUUUCUUCCCGUAAAUUUCAAAUUUAUCAUUUGAUGAGCAGUUGAGCUGUUAACAUUUAUUGGUUGUAUACUUGUAAGCUGUAACCAAUUUCAAAGACGCUAGAAUCUGUCGUAGGUAGUCAUUCAUAUAGAUAACAAAUUGAUUACCAGAUUAAAAGUGUGAAUAAAUUUGUAGUUGCACUUCAGACUUGAGAAUAGGAUUUCGGCUUGCAUGUCUGGAAGACCUGUACUUAGAAAUUGGAAGAGUUUUGUACACUGAGUAUAAAUUUGUUAUUUACGAA